GAUUUUUCGCCUGAUUCCGUAAGAAAAAAAAAACAAAACAAAACAAAAAAAAAAAGUCUUUUCUUCUUAAUCAAUCCGAAGUAGAAAUACAAAUACUAGUGACUAAUCUUUUAUGACAAUCUCCCAAAAAAGCCUCUAUUUUUCAGCGUAGGAGUUCGUAAGCAAUGACGCUCGCGAGUUUUUGUCUCUUUGUCCUUUUCUAUAGCCUCGUAGUCUUAUGUCGUUUUCUUAAUUAUUUCGAUUUUAGCAUUGGAAGUAUCUUUUGUUUAUAAGAGUGUUCCAACCAUGUGAUCGUUGGCUGUGAAGAAGAAGUGAGACUGCUGCUGCAGCGUUCCCACUUCUCAUGCAAACAACUUCCUAAGACUAGUGCUACGCUUAUCGCGUUGAUUGCGCUCUAAACUUACAUGGAUUCCGACGGCCCCUUAGUCUGGUUUUGCCGGCCAGUGGCGAAUGGCGUCUGGGCUCAAGAGACGGACAGCGCCUUUGGUGCUUACACGCCCUGUGCCGUUGAUUCUGUAGUGGGGAAUGUCUCCCACUUAGUUCUUCUUGGGAUGUGCCUCUACAGAGUGUGGCUCAUCAAAGUUAACCCCAAAGUCCAGCGCUACUGCUUGAGAUCGAAUCUCUGCAACUAUGCAUUGGCCGUGCUCUUCACUUGCUGCGCUGCUGAGCCUCUCUGCAGAUUGGUUAUGGGCUUAUCGAUCUUCAGUUUUGAUACAGAGUCUGGUCUUGCGCCCUUUGAGAUGGUGCAUUUGGGCAUUGAGAUUGUGUCAUGGUGUUCCAUGGUUGCAAUGCUGCUUGUCGAAACCAAGAUCUACGUGAAAGAGUUCAGAUGGUACAUCAGAUUCGGGUUGAUGUAUGUUCUAGUGGGAGAUGCAGUGAUCUUUAACUUCAUCUUCCCCCUAAGAGAAUUCUACGGCGCGUCUACACUCUACUUGUUCUUCAGCUCAGUUUUCUUCCAGGUUUUGCUAGGAAUACUUCUUCUUGCAUAUGUCCCAAAACUGGACUCGUAUCCGGGCUACGUUCCUCUACCAGGCUCCGUGGAUGACACCAAGAACGAGAAGCCUCUCGGGGAGCAAGUAUGCCCCGAGAGAGGUGCAAAUUUUUUUUCUGCAAUCUACUUCGACUGGAUGACUCCCCUUAUGCAGCAAGGCUACAAAAGACCCAUCACAGAGAAGGAUGUUUGGAAGUUGGACUCGUGGGAUCAGACAGAGACGUUGAGCAGAAAAUUCCAGAAAUCUUGGGAGGAAGAAGCUCAGAGAUCAAAGCCAUGGCUUCUGCGUGCUUUGAAUCGUAGCCUCGGUGGCAGGUUCUGGUAUGGAGGCAUCUUCAAAAUUGGUAGUGAUCUAUCCCAGCUUGCAGGACCUGUUAUACUCAACCAUCUUUUACAGUCUCUUGAGCGAGGCGAGCCAGCUUGGAUCGGUUACAUCUAUGCUCUGUCAAUAUUUUUCAGCGUGUCAAUCGGAGUGCUUUGUGAGGCUCGUUACUUCCAGAACGUUAUGCGCGUUGGCUUCAGGCUAAGAUCCACUCUGGUGGCUGCGAUAUUUCGCAAAUCCUUGAGGCUAACACACGAAGCUCGUAAGCACUUUCCAUCGGGAAGAGUUACAAAUAUGAUCACCACAGAUGCCAAUGCACUUCAGCAAAUAUGCCAACAGCUUCAUGGUUUAUGGUCUUCCCCGUUUCGCAUUAUCAUGGCCAUGAUUCUUCUAUACCAGCAGCUAGGAGUAUCAUCGCUUCUUGGUUCGCUUAUGUUAGUCCUGAUGUUCCCUAUCCAGACUUUUAUCGUCAGCAAUAUGCGAAAGCUAUCCAGGGAAGGACUGCUACGAACUGACAAGAGAGUCGGCCUAAUGAACGAGAUUUUGGCAGCUAUGGAUACUGUCAAGUAUUACGCGUGGGAGAAGAGCUUCAAGUCCAAAAUCCAUGUUCUGAGAGAUGAUGAGUUGUCGUGGCUCAGGAAAGCACAGAUGCUCCAAGCAUGGAAUACUUUCAUACUAAACAGCAUACCAGUCCUCGUGACAGUGAUCUCAUUUGGAACGUUCACGUUGCUCGGUGGGGAUCUCUCGCCUUCCAGAGCUUUUACGUCUCUUGCUUUAUUUGGCGUUCUGCGCUUUCCUCUAAACAUGCUGCCUAAUUUGAUCACUCAGGUUGUGAAUGCAAAUGUAUCCCUUCAACGUCUCGAAGAACUACUGCUUGCAGAAGAGCGAUUCUUGUUGCCGAAUCCACCUCUUGCACCGGGGCUUCCUGCCAUCUCGAUCAAGGCUGGAAACUUCUCGUGGGACUCGAAGGCUGCACGGCCCACGUUGUCGAAUAUUAAUCUGGAUAUACCAGUUGGCAGCCUAACUGCAAUCGUUGGUGGCACCGGAGAAGGAAAAACCUCGCUGAUAUCUGCUAUGCUUAAAGAGCUGCCUCCACUCGGAGAUGCAGAGGUCGAAAUCAGAGGCUCUGUAGCUUAUGUGCCUCAGAUUUCUUGGAUCUUCAAUGCAUCAGUACGCGACAACAUAUUAUUUGGAUCUGAAUUCGAGCAAACGCGGUAUUGGAAGGCCAUAGAUGUCACUGCAAUGCGGCAUGACCUUGAUUUGCUUCCUGGCCGUGACCUCACCGAGAUUGGUGAAAGAGGAGUGAACAUCAGUGGAGGCCAAAAGCAGAGAGUUUCAAUGGCCAGGGCUGUGUAUUCCGACUCAGAUAUUUACAUUUUUGAUGAUCCGUUGAGCGCUCUGGACGCCAACGUUGCACGACAGGUCUUCAACAACUGCAUCAAGGAGGCGUUGGGAGGGAAGACGAGGGUCCUUGUCACGAACCAGCUGCAUUUUCUUCCCCAGGUUGACAGAAUAAUCUUGGUCUCCGAAGGUAUGGUGAAGGAGGAGGGCACGUUCGAGGAGCUCUCCGAGAAGGGUGUGCUGUUCAAGAAGCUAAUGGAGAAUGCAGGCAAAAUGGAGGAGCAUAUGCAUGAUAACGGAGAAGGGCUCGAUCUUUGUGAUGAAUCGCCUUCGCCUUCACCUUCACCUCCACCUUCAGUUUCUUCCGAUCCUAAUCCAAAAGAUGCAGUCUCAGCUAGGAAAAUGAGAGAAGGCAGAUCAGUUCUGAUCAAGCAGGAGGAGAGGGAGAUGGGAAUUGUAAGCUGGCAUGUUUUGAUGAGGUACAAGAAUGCGUUAGGCGGCUUGCUGGCUGUAUCGGUGCUGCUCACGUGCUACACGUUGACAGAAACUCUUCGCGUUUCAAGCAGCACGUGGCUCAGCGUGUGGACGAAGCAGAGCACCUCGGCGGGUUAUAGCCCCGGCUUCUACAUCUUAGUUUAUGCGAUCUUGUCUUUUGGUCAGGUAUUAGUGACACUGACAAACUCCUUCUGGCUGAUCAGAUCGAGUCUGAAGGCGGCCAGGCGCCUUCACGACUCGAUGCUGGAUGCCAUACUCCGAGCUCCGAUGGUGUUCUUCCACACGAACCCCAUCGGCCGCGUGAUCAACAGAUUCUCCAAGGAUCUCGGUGACAUCGACCGCAACGUUGCAGGCCUCGUCAACGGCUUCCUCACCCAGCUGUGGCAGCUGCUCUCGACGUUCGUGCUCAUAGGCAUCGUGAGCACCGUGUCUCUGUGGGCCAUCAUGCCCCUCCUCAUCCUGUUCUACGCGGCGUACCUCUACUACCAGAGCACGUCGAGGGAGGUGAAGCGCCUCGACUCCAUCACAAGGUCGCCCGUGUAUGCACAGUUCGGGGAGGCCCUGAACGGGCUGUCCUCGAUCCGUGCAUACAAGGCGUACGACCGGAUGGCCGGGAUCAACGGGAGGUCCAUGGACAACAACAUCCGGUUCACGCUCGUCAACAUCAGCUCCAACCGGUGGCUCACCAUACGGCUGGAGACGCUCGGAGGGAUCAUGAUAUGGUUGACGGCGACAUUCGCAGUUAUGCAGAAUCAGAGAGCUGAGAAUCAGGUGGCGUUUGCAUCCACCAUGGGAUUGCUCCUCAGUUACUCUUUAAACAUCACCAAUUUGCUCAGCAAUGUCUUGAGACAAGCAAGCAGAGCAGAGAACAGCUUGAACUCGGUGGAGCGCGUUGGAACGUACAUAGACUUGCCAUCCGAGGCUCCGGAUGUGGUUGAAGGAAGCCGGCCUCCACCCGGAUGGCCGGCCUCUGGAUUGGUGAGGUUCGAAGAUGUGUUCCUCCGGUAUAGGCCCGGGCUUCCCCCGGUCCUCAAGGGGCUCUCGUUCACCAUCCAUCCGCACCAGAAGGUGGGGAUAGUUGGGAGAACUGGCGCUGGUAAAUCGAGCAUGAUCAAUGCGUUGUUCCGGAUCGUGGAGCUCGAGAGAGGGAGGAUCUUGAUUGAUGACUGCGAUGUUGCGAAAUUCGGAUUGACUGAUCUUCGCAAAGUCCUCAGCAUCAUCCCUCAGUCCCCUGUUCUUUUCUCAGGUAACGUCCGGUUCAACCUCGACCCGUUUGGCGAACACAACGACCCGGACCUCUGGGAGGCUCUCGAGAGGGCUCACUUGAAGGAUGUCAUCAGAAGAAAUCCUUUAGGUUUGGAUGCAGAGGUUUUGGAAGGCGGCGAGAACUUCAGCGUGGGGCAGCGGCAGCUGCUCAGCCUCGCUCGAGCGCUGCUUCGCCGGUCGAAGAUCCUCGUGCUCGACGAAGCAACCGCCGCCGUCGAUGUCACCACCGACGUGCUCAUACAGAAAACCAUCCGCGAGGAGUUCAAGUCGUGCACCAUGCUCACCAUCGCUCAUCGCCUCAACACCAUCAUCGACAGCGAUCGGAUCCUCGUCCUCGCGUCGGGCCAGGUGAUCGAGUACGGCACCCCCGCGGAGCUCCUCGGGGACGAGGCGGGCGCCUUCUCCAAGAUGGUGCAGAGCACGGGGCCCGCCAACGCCGAGUACCUCCGCGGCUUGGUCGUCGCGAGGAGGGGGCGGGGGGAGACGACGACGAUGCCCCCGCCCCCACCGUGGCUCGUGUCCUCGCGUUGGAGCGCUGCCGUGCAGCACGCCCUCGCGGCCAACCUCGGCUCCGCGGUGAAGGACCUGCAGCUGCUCGGCCCCGGGGAGAUCAGCGGCAAUGUGAUCGGCAAGACCACGGAUGCGGUGGCGCUGCUGCAGGGCGUUCUGAUGGGGAAGCACGACGACGAGAUCGAGGAGACGCUCGGGCGGUUCGAGGCGUCGAGGCACACGUGGUGGUCGGCUUUCUACAGAGUGAUUGAAGGCCUUGCAGAGAUAAGCAGAUUGGCAAGAAAUGGGAUGCAGCAACACAGAAUUGGAGUGGAAGAUGCCUCUGAAAAUUGGGAUGAUCUUUAACUUUAAUGAACUUAGUUACAACUUAGUUAUAAUGUAACAUUAAAUUCCAAAAAAUCUAGUUAUAUAGUAAAAGGAAAGCUCAUGUUACAUAAA